UGCACAUAUACGGCUAGAAAAGAAGGUCAGGUCAGGGAACCGGAUCACCUGUUUGUCCUGCAAACGUAGAACCUGGCUGGGCCACUUCUUCCAAGAAAUAAACUUUGAACUUUGACUACAAACGAACGCACAUGGAAGCGGGAACCGAAAAUAUGGAUGACACGCCGACGGUCAUGGCGCCCCUGGUGCUGCUGAGCAAAUCGAACCCCGUUUUCGGAUGCUACAUGUUCUGGACCAGCCUGCUGGUCUUGAAAAUGCUGCUGAUGUCCCUGCUGACGGCGCGCCAAAGGAUGAAGACCAAAACGUUUGCCAAUCCGGAGGAUCUGCGGAUAAACCGGAGCCCGGAGGUUCGCUUCGGUGAUCCCAGUGUGGAGAGGGUGCGACGAGCCCAUCGCAACGACUUGGAAAACGUCCUGCCCUUCGUCUUGAUGUCGCUCGUUUAUGUGGCCAGCGGACCGCAUCCGUUGACCGCCCGGCUGCUCAUUCGGAUCGGCGCCAGCGCCCGGCUGCUACACACGCUGGUCUAUGCCAUCAUACCAGUGCCUCAGCCAGCCCGAGCCCUGGCCUUCUUCACCACCUUCGGCAUCACCUGCUUCGAGGCGGGCUAUGUGUUCGUCUGCUGUCUGAGAUUCAUUUAAA